ACAGGCGUGAGCCACCGCGCCCGUCCAGGUUGUGGGUUUUAAUGGGACCAUCUCACUGCCUACCGUUUCCUUUUUCCGUCCGAACAGAAGGGGCCUGAGCAGUGAGCUGACAGUGGCGACGCCCGGUGAGGCGGGAUGGGGGAGUUUACGAGCCUGGGUGACGCCCCCUUCCACGUCCUGGCCCCGCCCCUCCCGGCAGAGCCCCUUGGCGCGUGACACAGGCCCCGCCCUUGCCGUACGCCAUCAGCCGGCGCCGCGCCGCCGGGUGUUACUCUGCCCCGCCGGCGGGGCGGUCAGUAUCCUGUCACCGCCUGUUCUGGCUAUGGUACCGUCCGGUGUUCUGUAAGUUGGCAACCUAGGCUCCUGACGCGACCCUGGUCCUGAUGGCGGCGGCGGCGGCCGCGGCAGCCCUGGCGGCGGCCGAUCCCCCUCCCGCAAUGCCGCAGGCGGCAGGGGCCGGAGGGCCCACAACCCGCAGAGACUUCUACUGGCUGCGCUCCUUUCUGGCCGGAGGUAUUGCUGGAUGCUGUGCCAAAACAACAGUUGCUCCGUUGGAUCGAGUAAAGGUUUUAUUACAAGCUCACAAUCACCAUUACAAGCAUUUAGGAGUAUUUUCUGCAUUGCGUGCUGUUCCUCAAAAAGAAGGAUUCCUUGGAUUGUAUAAAGGAAAUGGUGCAAUGAUGAUUCGAAUCUUUCCCUAUGGUGCAAUCCAGUUUAUGGCAUUUGAGCAUUAUAAAACGUUAAUUACUACGAAGCUGGGAAUUUCAGGUCAUGUGCACAGAUUAAUGGCUGGAUCCAUGGCAGGUAUGACAGCAGUUAUCUGUACUUACCCUCUUGACAUGGUUAGGGUCCGCCUAGCAUUCCAGGUGAAAGGGGAACACACCUAUACAGGAAUUAUUCAUGCAUUCAAAACAAUUUAUGCAAAGGAAGGUGGUUUCUUUGGAUUUUACAGAGGUCUGAUGCCUACUAUUUUAGGAAUGGCUCCAUAUGCAGGUGUUUCAUUUUUUACUUUUGGUACCUUGAAGAGUGUUGGGCUUUCCCAUGCUCCUACCCUUCUUGGCAGACCUUCAUCAGACAAUCCUAAUGUCUUAGUUUUGAAAACUCACGUAAACUUACUUUGUGGUGGUGUUGCUGGAGCAAUAGCGCAGACAAUAUCCUACCCAUUUGAUGUGACUCGUCGGCGAAUGCAAUUAGGAACUGUUCUGCCAGAAUUUGAAAAGUGCCUUACCAUGCGGGAUACUAUGAAGUAUGUCUAUGGACACCAUGGAAUUCGAAAAGGACUCUAUCGUGGUUUAUCUCUUAAUUACAUUCGCUGUAUUCCCUCUCAAGCAGUGGCUUUUACAACAUAUGAACUUAUGAAGCAGUUUUUUCACCUCAACUAAAAAAGAAAUUAUGGUUGGUUUUUCUUAAUACAUUCUCAGAGGGAGAAAUGAAAUAUUACUAUAAUUGUGGGGGGAGCAUUACUUGAAUGGGGAUAUUUACCCUGUCACAGGAGCCACUGGUAUUUUAGUACUUGAUUAUUUUUUCUUUAGUCACAAAUCAGAAGUGCUUACCAUACUUUUUGAUGCCAAACAUUAUACCUUAGAACAUUGAAGAAAAUAUUCCUAAGCUGAUGCUGGCUAAACCGCUUUAAAGUUUUAUUUGGAAGUAGAACCAGCUUUAAAACGGGGUUCAAGAGGUUGCCAUUAGCUUUGUCAUGCUGUUCAAAGUUUUUAAUUGUUAUCAUGGUUUUUAAAAGACUGACAGUGUUUAUUAUUAUUAAAAUAAGCAGGGUUGGUUAUAUUGCAAUAGAAUAAUGAGAAUUGAAUUUUUAAGUUCUAUAAAACAGCCAGCAUUGACGUUUUAUUUUUGUUAUCUCUUUUCUCACAAUUAUGCUCCACUGGAUAAUAGGAAAAACACUUCUUUCCUUCAUUUUUUAAAAAAAUUAAUGUUGUAUUUAAAAAGUAGCCAUGUAGAGACACAAAAAUAAAUGAAGAAGCUAGGCAUGGUGGGACGGGCAUGUGGUCCCAGCUACUCUGGAAGCUGAGGUGAGAGGAUCACUUGAGCCCUGGAAUUCCAUGCCAGCCUAUGCAACAUCAUGAAACCCUGCUUAAUAAAUGAAUGAACGACUAAGUCUUGCUCAAAUGUUAUUAUGAGGUACUAUGAGUGACAUACAUGUGUUUUAAAAUGUCAGUGUGUUUCCCAGAGGCAGAAAUAAAAAUACUGAAUAUCUUUGCUCUUAAAAACAAAGUAGCACUAUAGAUUUGUUUUUGUUAGAUGAUUUGCUCUAUACUAGAAUAUUUAAGUAGACUGUGAAAUAUUUAUUAAUAUAGAUGUGAAUAUCAAAAAAUGUUUCUAAGGUAUUAUGAUGCAUCAACUAGUUCUUCCAUGUAAAAUAAUUUUAGUGCAAUAUGAAGACGUAGAAAUGUAAAAUAUGAUUUGAAUUGUUAUCCUUUAUAUUAAGAAAAUGUUUUAAAAUGUAAGAAUUCCAUUUAUUCUGUUUAGAGUACUUUUUAUGAUUUAUUAUAAGCAUGUCAGAAAUGGGAAGGGAAUAUUUAAAGUUCUGUGUUCAGAAAGAGUAAUUUGUAGAAUUGAUGUGACUUUUUUUUUUUUUUGAGGUGGAGUCUCACUCUAUCGCCUAGGCUGGAGUGCAGUGGCGCGAUCUUGGCUCACUGAGACCUCUGCCUCCCGGGUUCAAGUGAUUCUCCUGCCUCAGUCUCCCGAGUAGCUGGGACUACACGUGCCCACCACCAAAAAUUAGCCUGGCUAAUUUUUGUAUUUUUAGUAGAGACAGGAUUUCACCAUGUUAGCCAGGAUGGCCUUGAUCUCCUGACCUCAUGAUUUGCCCACCUUGGUCUCCCAAAGUGCUGAGAUUACUGGCGUGAGCCACGGCUCCCGGCCCUUUGAUGUGACUUUAAAGACAUCAGAAGGCCGGGUGUGGUGGCUCACGCCUUUGUUCCCAGCACUUUGGGAGGCCAAGUUGGGUGGAUCACCUGAAGUCAGGAGUUUAAGAUCAACAUGGUGAAACCCCACCUCUACUAAAAAUACAAAAAGUAGCCGGUGUGGUGGCUCGUGCCUGUAGUCCCAGUUACUCGCGAGGCUGAGACAUGAGAAUUGCUUGAGCUCGGGAAGUGGAGGUUGCAGUGAGCUGAGAUCACACCACUGCACUCCAGCCUGGGUGACAGAAUGAGACUCCAUCUCAAAAAAAAAGGAGACAUUAGAAAACUAAGUUGAGGCCAGGCGUGGUGGCUGUUGCCUGUAACCCUAGCACUUUGGGAGGCUGAGGCAGGAGGAUAUCUUGACCCCAGGAGUUUGAGACCAGCCUGGGCAACAUAGUGAGACCUCGUUUCUUUCAAACAAAAGAAGGAAAACUAAGUUGAAAGUGUUAUUUUUGCUUCAAUUUUUAUUUCUUUACAUAAAAGAUUUCUUGUCAUACCUUGGUAAAAAUUUGACGAGCUGGUUUCAUUUUGAAAGUCUUUAUUUUAAAAAUAAGUAUGUAUCUUUGUAUGAUUUAUAAGUGUACCAGUAGGUAGAAAUACAUGUGUUCUUGGCCAGAUGUGGUGGCUCACACCUGUAAUCCCAGCAUUUUGGGAGGCUAAGGUGAGUGGAUCACCUGAGGUCAGGAGUUCGAGACCAGACUGGCCAACAUGGAGAAACCCUGUCUCUACUAAAAAUACGAAAAUCAGCUGGGCAUAGUGGCGGGCGCCUGUAAUCCCAGCUACUUGGGAGGCUGAGGCAGGGAGAAUUGCUUGAACCCAGGAGGCACAGGUUGCAGUGAGCCGAGACUGCGCCAUUGCACUCCAGCCUGGGCAGCAGAGUGAGACUGUAUAAAAGAAAAAAAAAAGAAAAGAAAUACAUGUGUUCUUAAAACCAUUUGUAUAUUUACAUUUCUAGACCACACUGUAGCUAAUUAUUGUUAUUAAAUCUUAAGAUAAUUUAAGUAUAUAAAAUAAGUAUUGAGCCGGGCAUGGUGGCUCACCCCUGUAAUCUCAGCACUUUGGGAGGCUGAGGCAGGUGGAUCACGAGGUCAGGAGAUCCAGACCAUCGUGGCUAACAUAGUGAAAACCCGUCUCUACUAAAAAUGCAAAAAAUUAGCUGGGCGUGGUGGCACGCACCUGUAGUCCCAGCUACUUCGGAGGCUGAGACAGGAGAAUCACUUGAACCUGGGAGGCGGAGUUUGCAGUGAGCUGAGGUCGUGCCACUGCAUUCCAACCUGGGUGACAGAGCAAGACUCCAUCUCAAAAAAAAAAAAGAUACCUCAGUUAUGUUAUCAGUAAAAGGAGAUUGCAAAUAUCUUUUAAAGACAAAUUUGCAUUCUAUAUGUUAUAGAAUACAGAGGAUAUUAAAAAUAAAUUUUAUCCAUGUUUUGACAAUUUCUUUCUUUUAACUGUUUACAUAUUGAAGCACAAAUGCUAAACAUAAGUCAGAAUGGAAGAAUAUUUAAAAUAAUGACUGUGUUUAUAUCUGAUUUAUUUCAGAUAGAUUACCCAAAGUGCAUCUUGCCAGGUUAUCUUCCAUUUGAAGACUGACAUUUAUUUCUUUUUUGAUCUUUAUUGUUCCUCUCUUCCACCUCUCAGUGGGUAUAGCUCUCUGGUCUGUAGAAUGGGACAGCGGUCUGGUUUCUGGAUUGAUAAGUGAGGUAUACCUCCUAGUUUUCAGUGAUUACCUGUAGAAGGUAGAGAAGUUACUGGAUAUGUUUAAUAAUAUCUCAUUACUUUUUUUUUUUUUUUUUUUUUUUUAACGAGAGUCUUAACUCUGUCACCCAAGCUGGAGUGCAGUGGUGAGAUCUCAGCUCACUGCAAUCUCCACCUCCGGGUUCAAGCGAUUCUCCCGAGUCAUCUUUCCAAGUAACUGGGAUUACAGCCAUGUGCUACCAUGCCCGGCUGAGUUUUGUACUUUUUUUUUUUUUGAGACAGAGCCUCACUCUGUUGCCCAGGCUGGAGUGCAGUGGUGUGAUCUCAGCUCACUGCAACCUCCAUCUCCUGGGUUCUAGCGAUUCUCCUGCUUCAGCCUCCCGAGUAGCUGGGAUUACAAGCACCCACCACCACGCCCAGCUAAUUUUUGAGUAUUUAGUAGAGCUGAGUUUUGCCCUGUUGGCCAGGCUGGUCUUGAAUACCUGACCUCAAGUGAUCUGCCCACCCCGACUUCCCAAAAUGCUGGGAUUACUGGCAUGAGCCAGUGCUCCUGUCCUCAUUCCAUUCUUCACCGUGGUACUGACCAUCCAUUUAUUCAGCACCAAUUGUGUGCCAGACCUUGUGUCAGCAUUAUGGAGGAAUUCCCUUGGGAGGCUUGUUAGCUGUACUUGCAAUCUGAUUUGGGUUCCCAAAUCAGCAUAUAACACCAGGUAUUUCUCUAAUAGAGUAUGUGCCACACUUUAUGCUAACUGCCUGUUUAUCAAUGUCCCCACAUCCCAACAUCUGGUUCCUUCAAGGGCAGGGAGCACAGGGUAUGGCGUCAGAGUGGUACUCAGUGAUGUUUACUGGUGGGUAGAAGGAAGGGUUAGUCCCUAUUUUUGAAGACUUUAUGUUCUAGCAGGGAGAAAUGAAACACAAACAGUUCAAGAAAUAAACAAUUUAGAAAUAAAGUCAUUUGGUUUGUUUCACAGAAAUGUCUUAUUGCUGAUUUGCCAGCAUGAGUGGCAAAUAUAUAAUAAAACCUGGCCAGGCGUGGUGGCUCACGCCUGUAAUCCCAGCACUUUGGGAGGCGGAGGUGGGUGGAUCACGUGGUCAGGAGAUCAAGACCAUCCUGGCCAACAUGGUGAAAUCCCAUCUCUACUAAAAAUACAAAAAUUAGCCACGCAUGGUGGUGGACGCCUGUAGUCCCAGCUAUUUGGGAGGCUGAGGUAGGAGAAUUGCUUGAACCCAGAAGGCGGAGGUUGCAGUGAGCCAAGAUUGCCCCACUGCACUCCAGCCUGGGUGACAGAGUGAGACUCUGUCUCAAAUAAAUAAAUAAAUAAAUAAAUAAAUAAAUAAAAUGAAAAAAUAUAUGUAUACAUAUCAUUUAUAUAUAUAAUAAAACUUAUGAAUAGUU